CGUUUUUUCUCAAUAGUUGUCAGAGCCUCGGGUCACUCGCUAGUCGUCGUGAGGCAUCUUCCACUCCUUUACUUUCUGUCUCCACCUUCUCAGGCUCCAGCAUCCUUUUGCAAAGGCUGAGAAAACCGUGGACCGUGUGACCAGUUAAUAUAUUUUGUGUUCUUUUGUGUGAGCGCUCUUUCAUCCGCCUGCGCGAGGCAGAAAAACAAACACAAAUCUCCACGCUUUUCUGCUCAAAGGUUCUCUGCUCAAACUCCGACCAUGUCCGGCGAAGACGCACCUGCCCAACAGCAAAACGCCGAGGAGCAGAAGCAGCAGGAGACCAAGACGCCCGCUGAGUCCCCGAAAACCGAGAGCAAACCUGACCCACCUCCCACCAGCGCGUCCACCGAGGCCGCCGCAGCAGCCGCCGCCACCCCAGCGCCCGCCGCGGAGAAAGCACCCGAGGAGGACACCUUCAGCUACCGGGCACUGGUGCUCACCGGUUACGGCGGCUAUGAUAAGGUGAAGCUCCAGGUGAAGAAGGGGAAACCAGAGCUCAAGAGCGGCGAGGUGAUGGUGCGCGUGAAAAUGUGCGGGCUAAACUUCGCCGAUCUGAUGGCGAGACAGGGACUGUACGACCGGCUCCCCUCCCCGCCGGUAACGCCGGGCAUGGAGUGCUCCGGGAUCAUCGAGGAGGUCGGAGAAGACGUGACGGACAGAAAAGUGGGUGAUAAGGUUGUGGUUCUGAAUCGGAGUGGUCUGUGGCAGGAAGUGGUGGUGACAGCAGCCAUACACACCUUCCUGAUGCCCGAGGGCAUGAGCUUUGAGGAGGCAGCGGCACUUCCAGUCAAUUACAUCACCGCCUACAUGAUGCUCUUCGAUUUUGGGCACCUGCGUCCAAACCAGAGUGUACUCAUCCAUAUGGCAGCAGGUGGGGUGGGUAUUGCUGCCACUCAGCUGUGUAAAACAGUGAAUGAUGUCACAGUGUUUGGCACCGCCUCUGCCAGCAAGCACGAGGUUAUCAGCCAGGGCGGAGUCACGCACCCCAUCGACUACCGGACACGUGAUUAUGUGGAGGAGAUCCGCAAAAUAAGCCCCAAAGGGUUGGAUAUUGUUCUUGAUCCUCUUGGAGGCUCUGACACCCAUAAGGGCUACAACCUACUGAAACCAAUGGGGAAGCUCAUCAGCUACGGUGCCGCUAACAUGUUGGCGGGCCAGAAGAAGAACCUGUUUGCCGUGGCUAAGACCUGGUACCAGCAGUUCUCUGUACACACCCUGAGCCUGAUCCAAGGGAACCGAUCUGUGUGCGGGUUUCACCUGGGGUACCUGGACUCUGAGACUGAGCUCAUCUCUCAGGCCAUGACGGUGGUUUUGGACCUGUACCAACAGGGCAAGAUCAAGCCCCGAAUUGACUCCACCUACCACCUAGAACAGGUCGGUGAUGCCAUGCGUAGGAUGCAGGAGAGGAACAACAUCGGUAAAAUCAUCCUCACCACCGAACCCAUGAAGGAGGAAGAAAAGAAAGAGGAGGCCAAGAAGGAAGAUGACAAGAAGAAAGAAGACAAGAAGAAGGACGACAAGAAAAAGGAAGACAAGAAGAAGGAUGAGGCCAAGAAAGAUGAGAAAAAGGAGGAUAAGAAGAAGGAAGAGACCAAGAAGGAGGAUAAGAAAGUGGAAGAGAAGAAGGAAGAAGCCAAGAAAGAGGAGAACUGAGAGAGGAGAACCACAGGCCGAAAAAAGUCGUGGAUGUGCUUUGUCAGGGGUUUUGAGAGUGGUCUGUGUGUGUGUGUGUAUAUGUGUGUUAUAUCUGUGUGUGUGUGUGUGUGUGUGUGUGUGUGUGUGUGGGUGGGGGGGGGGUAUUGUGUAAUUAGCUCAACCCCAGGUGAUUCUUCUGACAUUAAAACCACAUUUUUGCAAUCUUUCAGAAACACUCCACUUAUGUUCAUUUACACAAACACACAUUAUACACCAAGGGAACACACCACUUUAUUGUUCUUUUCUAACCCCGGUAAUAUUUAUUCCCAGUUUCUCUGCGUUUUGCUGAGUCCUUUCUAACUCUUUCAUAUGACUGCAUGCCAGCAAGGCAUGUUAGGGCAGUAUUAUCCUUUUUAUAACUAUCACUUCAGUGUUUACUCAACCAAUGUCUUCAAUUAUAUAAUGAAAUAACCUUAUUCAGCACCCUGUUAAAAUAUAUUACAAUUUUCUCUGUUACUCCUGCACUACUAAUGCACUAUAAAAUUGUUGUAUUCCACUGAAAUACUCUUUGUAGACGCAAACCACAAAACACUCCCAGAUUCGCGCUCUACACCCCUCCGUGUGUUUGCGUACUCACCUGUGAGACAGUUGAACGUUCCCUGGGGUGCACGGGUAAAAGCCUGGGUUCUCUGGGAGCACUGUUACCGUGACAACAGUGUCCGCCCUUUUUGCCAAACCCCUCCCCUUUCAUUUUUGGUCUGGAGUGGGUUCACUUGUUUGAUUUCGUACAUCAUCAAAAGUGUGCUUGAUUGCUAGUUUUGUACAGUGAAAGAGCUUUCUGUGCCCACUGGCACACAAACAAGUGCACCCACCUUCAUUCCCGUUGUUUGUUUGUUCUCCCAUUGGACCAGACUCACUGAUGUGCACUUGACCCUGUUCCCCUGGAGGAGUCAGUGUGGUUUCUUAUUGGCUAAGAGAGACCAGCUUCUUUGAUGUGCCCUAAAUCACUAAUAGUAGUAUUAAAGAACCCAAUGGACACCCAUAAGCUUGACGGGGAAAAGCAUGAGGGUGUCUCAGGCUUCAGUGGCUAGCUGAUCAAUGUGUGGUGUCAUUAGACAGGGCAAGUGCCAGGAUUUUAAUGAGCCUAGCUGGCAAGCAGAACCAAUUAUAGACCAUAUUCUCUCAGCCUUUUCCCAUCCCUCCUCUCUCUCUCUCUCUCUCUCUCUCUCUCUCUCUCUCUCUCUCUCUCUCUCUCUCUCUCUCUCUCUCUCUCUCUCUCUCUCUCAUUGUGUGAACUCUUAAGAUGUGGAAGCAUUCAGCGGGUCAGAUAAAGACAGGAGUGGUCUUUCAUUCCUGAACUUCCUCCAGGAUUCCUCGGGAUCCUGACACUUUUCCUCCCCUCUUUCCUGUGACUGCUCACCAUCUGAUCGCCUUGACCUGCAGCACACUCGCUGUGUGUAACAUUUCAAUAUGAUCUGCGCUGACUGGCUCUUCUAAUUCCACUUUCUCUCCUUCUGUUUCCCUUUUCGUCAUCGUAGUUGGCAUAGCAACAGCAGUUAGGCUAGUUAGAGAUGACAGUCAGGUCUCACUCCCACAUACACGAUAGACACAAACAUACACCAUUGUUAAUCAGCUGUUUUCUUUUUCCUUAUGCUUUAUAAACCUAUAUAAACUCAUCCAAAAAUUAAUUCUGCCAUAAUUUUUACACCCUCAUGGUGUUUCAAACCUGUAUGACUUUCUUUUUUCUUGGAACACAGGAGAUGUUAGGCAGAAGGUUCAGUCUGUCACCUUUCACUUUUUUUGCAUAUAUAUUAUUACACACACAUUCUGCCCAAUAUCUCCUAUGUUCCACAGAAGAAAGUCAGUCAUAAAACUUUGGAAAUAAUGAAAGUGAGCAAGUGAUGACAGAUUUUCAAUUGGGUGGGCUAUCCUUUUAAGAUAUAUUUAGGUAUCUGAGGGAUGUGGCCACUCCCUCUACCACCACUCUGAGUCAUGUCAAUCAAACUCUCUGGCUCCUCCCACCUGUUUAUCAGAGAGCAGUAAUCUACUGCCUCUGCUGGUGAUUUGUAUGCAUUGCUGUGCUAUCAUUCAAGUGUUUAAAACACUUGCUGACCUCUCUCUUUUGUGAGUCUGGUUCAUUUCAGAGAUCUACUUGAGUGUUUAUGUAUAAAACAAACCAGAUCCCUCUUAUGUGUGUGUUUGUAUGAUUUUGUGCGUAUGUGUAAUUGACAGUCUGUCCUCAGGUCUGUUGCUCAAAUGUUCUUUCUUUCUGUCUCUCUACCUCCCUUUAUGCUACUGUCUGGCAUUUUAACAGUCUCUCUUUAUUUCCUCCUGUAACUUUCACGAUAACUCUGAAAUAUUCCAACCCCCAUGAUUGGCCUGUUUUGGCUUGUUAUCGUUUGCACUCUGCUUGCACUCAUAGAGAUGGCAGUCCCGCUCCCAAUCCACUGUAUCUGUGAUUCCUAUCUGGGUUUUUGAAUGCUCAGUUUCAGCUCAUUCAGUCACAUACUCACUCUUUAUGCCUCCCUAACAAGUGUUUUAACCUGCAAAGAGUUGCAUAGAAUGCUGCAUUGUUUGAUGCAUGCUAAUGUUUACAUAAUCAGUAUAUAACGUGCAGAUAAUUUCGCAUUCUGUUAACAAUUCUGACUCAGAAUGCACUGGAGUGACAGUGGCACUGCCAUACUAGUAUGUAGAAUCACCGUGUUCCCACCUUUGGCCUGAAAAUAAUUCCGAAUCCAGUUUAAGUUGCGGAUCUGGAGGUUGAGUUUUCGAUUUUUUUUUUUUUUUUUUUUUUUUUUUUGUUCCACUGGUUCUCUUACUGUGUUCCUGUGGAUGGUGACUCAGAGCACCAAGUGACCCUAACUAACACUUAAGUGAAAAAAAAAAAAAUCUGUCCUUUUUUUGUAUUUUGUUUGAUUUCGUUUGUUUGUUUUUGUGGUCUGCAUUUCAGUAGUUUGAGUUCAAAAGGCUUUGCUGCAGUUCCUCUAAAAUGUGAUGAAUCAUGUUUCGUUGGUCCUGACCGAGUGUGCCAAACUUUUCGUGAAGGCACGACCUUCGCUAUAACUGCUUACUGUACUGAGGGGAAAAAUACCUAAAAAACUAAGAGAAUGAAAGAUGAAAUCGUGUAACUGUCUGUGGUGAUUGUCGAAAUGAUCUUGAAUCUGAGAUUGUGAUUGCACUCCUUGUGUGUGGUCGACUACGCCCCGGAUAUUAUUGGUGCUGAUUGAUUUCCAACUUUUCCCCCACUCGAAUCCAUGCGAAACCUCUUGUUCUCACUGUGCCUCAGUCGUAGACCAACACCAGAUUGCCUCCACGCAUGUUUACAUGCAAAUAUACACCACUCAUAGACGCUAAUCCCUCCCCUACACCCUUGCUCAGCUCUGCUGUACUGAAGGGCUGAUAACUCAUUCCCACUGAUCUGACAACCCCCAGAUCAAGUGCACUGUUGUUUAUGGAUACACUGCUGUGUAUUUUGUGUGUAUUCGUAGAUUAUUAGGCAGGUUGAUCAUGGGCAUGUUGGCUAAUGACCAGAGGUAACCCAACAAAAAGAUCCAGCAGCAGUUAGGACAAACUACACUUCAAAAAGUUUCUUAACAUUUUUGUCUUGUCUUGUAAAAAUAUCAAAAACAUCCAUAGAACAAGAUACAUUUUAAUUAGCAUAGAUCAAACAUCAAAAGGAAUGUGCUGGUUUCAAUACAAGUUGAGCACAAUCGACAACAUAUGUGGCAUAAUGUUAAUUCCACAGAAAAUAAUUUUGACGGCUCGCUCUUUUUUUUUUUUUUUUU